AUGGCUAAUCUUGAGUUUGAGCAAGAUGGGGUUUCAACACCAUUUUCAUAUACACCGCCAACUCACUACACUCUGAAAAUAGAGUCAUUUUCGUUGCUAAAGAAGCAUUCAGCGGAUAGAUUUGAGUCGGGGGAGUUUGAUGCUGGAGGAUACAAAUGGAAACUGGUGGUGUACCCAAAUGGAUACAAGAAGAAGAAUGUGGAAGACCACAUCUCUGUCUAUCUAGAAAUGGCUGGAGCAGAAUCACUUGAGACUGGUUGGGAAGUAUUUGUUGAUUUUAGAUUGUUUUUACUUGAUCAGAAUAAGGGAAUCUACUUGGUUCUUCAGGGUAUACAUACAUACAUUAUAUAUUAUCUGUCUAAGAUGUGCUUGCACGUGGCGAUGCUCGAAGUAGGUUUUGAUAGAGUUGUCCCUCUGAAAGCAUUUGCUGAUGCUUCCAAUGGCUAUCUCAUUGAUGAUACUUGUGUGUUUGGAGCCGAGGUCUUUGUUUGUAAGGAAAGAAGAGCGGGCAAGGCAGAGUGCCUACCACCAAGGAUCAACAAUGCUGUUAUUGUAUCAAAAGAAAACAAUGAUUUUAUGAACAAGUAUGUUUGGAAGAUUGAGGAAUUUUCAAAGUUAAAACCCGAACGCUUGGAAUCAAAACCAUUCAAUGCUGGAGGGCAGACAUGGAAGAUACAGCUCUAUCCCAAGGGAGAUAGCCAUGGAAAGCAUACUCAUGUUUCUCUUUGCUUAACAUUGGCUAAUCCAGAGAAGCUAUCUACUGCCUCCAAAAUACUUGCACAGUUUACUCUUCGCAUCGUAGAUCAAUUAAACGCCAAGCAUUUUUUUCGUCAAGCUAGUAAUUGUUUCAGAGCCUCGAGUCCCUCUUGGGGUUGGUCUAAUUUCAUUAUGUUGGGCUUUUUCAAAGAGAGAGACAAGGGUUAUUUGGUGAUGAAUACUUGCGUAGUCGAGGCAGAGGUCACUGUCCGCUCAUAA